AUGACGGAGUCCGGUGGCGGGGGAUGCGCCGAGCCCUGCGCCGGGUUCCUGGCCCUCCCGGUGGAUGUGAUCGCGGCUGUGCUUCGCAACCUGCACGGGCGCGACAUCUGCCGCUGCGCGUGCGUGUGCAGCGCCUUCCGCGCCGCGGCGACGGACGAGGAGAGGGUGUGGAGGCCGAUGUGCGAGGGGCGCUGGGGGGACAAGACGCGCCCGGAGGAGUGGCUGGUGGAGGGCGGCGAGGGCUGGCGGUCGGCGGCCAGCCCGGAUGUCGAGGUGCCGCACAACUACAGGCUUGUGUACCGGCUGCUGAACCAGUAUGACCAACUGCUGGGUGUGUGGCAAGGGCAUGAUAUGGAGCACCACCCCAGGGGUGCCCUCUUUGUCACGCAGUGGCGCUCUGACAGCAUCGACUGUGUGAGACUUGUGGCAGAUGAAACUAACGUAAAACGGAGGGACUACCUGAAGCUGGGACCCUGGGGCCAGGUUACUGGGCAGGUGCUUGACGGCGAUCACCUGGUCUUGAAAGAAUACACCCACAUGAGCGGGAGCCCAAGCAUGGGGCCCGCAGCUGCAGCUGCAUCCGUAGCAGCAGGCACAGAUUCUGGCGGUCACAGCCCCCCAAGGCGCUUCCAGAACGAACUGCUGAAAUUCAUGCAGUCGUCUGUCCGCUCCAGCAGGCGAAGCGGCAGCCGAAGGCCACAGCGCACCGCACAGGGGAGCGACUUUGGCUGUGUUCCAAAGUUUCACCACAUGGUGAGGCUUCUGGUUCCAAGCCCCACAAGGCACACAUCCCUGGCAGGGAUCUGGAAGGGAAGCUACGGGCCACAUGGCGUUGAGGUCAUCAAGAUCGAGUAUGACUUUUCGGGAUCGUCUGCACAGAUCGUGGCAACAAAGCUCAUAGGCGACCCCAAUGUGCCUGCUGGUGAAAAGACGUGGCGAGUGCACGCCAAGCCCAUGGGCGGCCCGCCCUGGCCCCUGAUGGACGCCCCGGGACUGGGCGUGGCCUUCCUCCUCUCUGUGGGCCCCGACCCCAUCGAGGUGCACGAGCUGAGGGAGCUGACCGUGGUGAACUGCCAUGGGGGCCACGGCCGCGUGGCCCAGGCGGGCUUCCGCAACCCGGAGUGGAUCGAGGGCCAGCUGUGGGAGUACAGCAACGGCAACAUCGGGUUCAUUUGGGAGGGCGGCCACAACUUCCUCAUCAAUUUCGUCAGGGCUGAAGAUGACAUUCUGCUGGAGUCUUAG